AUGACUCUUACUCUGUGUGCUUCCUUUUCUCUUUCUCUUAUUCUUUUUAUUUCUCCCCCUCUAUCAUUUUUCUGUCUCUCUUAUCAUCACUCUUACCUUUUCUUUCUCAUCUACAAGUUUCUAUCAUUUUUUUUGUUUUACAAACACUCUUUAUUUUUUCAUUCACUCACAUUUAUUCUUUCAUUUUUUUAUUCUCUAUUUCUAAAUUAUUCUUCUUACCUUGAACAAUGUUUGUUCACAUUCUCUCUCUUUCUCUCACACAUAAACUAUCCCUUUCUCUUAUUAUUAUGCCUUUCUUCUUCUCCACACUUUCUUUCUUCACUCUUUCUCUCUCACUUCCAAUUUUCUUUUGAGUUAUACUUUCUCUCUCUCAUCUUGUGGAAUUACUUAUCUCUCUCUCUCUCUCCUUUCUAUUUUAUCACUCUUUCUAUUUUUACCACUCUUUUUCUUUUUUUAUUUAUACCCUAUACUUUUUCUUCAUUCUUUCCUCUCCUUCACUCUCUCUCUCUCUCUCUCAGUCUUCUCUGGUCUCAUUAUCCCUCUCCCCCACAAGUCUUAUCUGGUUUCAUUUUAUCUCUUUUUCUUCCCCCACCUCCAGUAUUCUCUGGUCUCAUUUUAUCUCUUUAUUUUUUCUCCCCCUCCCCGGUCUUCUCUGGUCUCAUUUUAUCUCCUUUUUUUUUCUCCCCCACCCCAGUCUUCUCUUUCUCUCUUCUCUUCCUUUCUGAUAUGAUAAGCUGA